ACCAUGAAGCCCCGCGAACCAUCAACUUUCUUCAUUAGCAGCUUUGUUGAUGUGUCGGGAUGGUGUGAAGUGAAAGGAGUGUCACAAAUUUUAGCUUAAAAAUUAUCAAAAGUUAGUUCAAAUUCUUACGAAACACAGUAUUUAUGUCGCCGAAAAGGAUUUUAUUCUAGUUCUUGAUCAAGCAAACGAUACGUAAGCAAAAAAAAUCGUUUACUGGGAAAAAUGUCGAAACGGGCAGCGGAAGAUGCUGCCGGGAGUGGAACCACUCCCGGCAGUGGUGGCGGAGCACCUCCUCCGAUAAAAAAGGUUCACUUCGAACCGCACCUGAUCGGACCCAUCUCAACGCUGGAAGAGAUGGACAUCAAAGUGUUGCAGUUCCAGAACAAGAAGCUGGCCCAGCGCAUCGAGCAGCGGGUCCGUUGCGAGGCGGAACUCCGUCAGCGCAUCGAACAGCUCGAGAAGCGCCAGACGCAGGAUGAUGCCGUGCUGAACGUGGUAAAUCGAUACUGGAACCAACUGAACGAGGACAUUCGUGUGCUGCUGCAGCGUUUCGACGCGGAGACAGCCGAUGAGUCGGAGAAUAAGAACGAAAACGAGGUGACCACAUCUUUCUUGAUGCAAUUGUCCACUUGGGACAAGGAGGAACUGGACGACAAACUGGCAAAUCGAGUUCAAGUUUCCAAGCGAGCCGUAGCCAAGAUCGUUCAGGUGUUCGACCGUCUCAUGCAGCGUAAUGAGAAAAUUACUCGCGCGAUGCAUGGAGAAUCGGACGAUCCCGAUGCAAACGUACCGGACAUGGACGAAACGCUGCGCCAGAGCUACACGGAAGUCAUGGUGGAGAAUCGUAAUCUGCAGACACAGAACACUCUACUGCAUGAGAAGUUUCAUACCAUUUCGCUAAAAAUGAGCGAAAUUCAGGACAUGCUUAACGGUAAGGAAACGGAAUCGGCUGAGUUGAAAAACCAAAUCGAUGAUCUGCAGUACGAGUUGGAAAAGGUACGCUGCCGAAACGAUAAGCUAGAAAACCAUCUGGCUGAGGCCAUUGAGAAGCUGAAGGCGUACCACCAAUUGCACGGCGAUAUCUCCAGCAAGGACGAGAAUAAACAUUCUACUUCGUCGACCAGUUCGGCCAAAGGCGGAUCGAUGACCAGCGUUGCGGCACAACAUUUAGAAGACCUGCAGAAAGAGUUGGAGGAGUACAAAGAAUUAGCCAACAACCGUCUGCAGGAAUUGGACAAACUACACGUACAGCACCGCGAAGCACUGAAAGAAGUGGAAAAGCUCAAGAUGGACAUCCGUCAGUUGCCGGAAUCGGUAAUCGUCGAAACGACCGAGUACAAAUGUUUGCAGUCGCAAUUCUCCGUACUGUACAACGAAUCGAUGCAGAUCAAAACCCUGCUGGACGAGAGCCGGAAUCAACUGCAGACGAGCAAGAAUCAGCAUUUGAGACAGAUCGAGAUGAUGGAAAGCGAGGAGCUAAUCGCUCAAAAACGUGUACGUAGCGAUAUGAUUCAGAUGGAAGAUGUCCUGUCGCAGAUCCGCAAGGAGUAUGAAAUGUUGAGGAUUGAGUUCGAACAGAACAUGGCUGCAAAUGAACAAACGGCCCCCAUCAAUCGUGAAAUGCGUCAUCUCAUAACUUCCCUGCAGAACCACAACGGUCAGUUGAAGGGAGAAGUCCAACGCUAUAAGAAGAAGUACAAAGAAGUUUCGGCUGACAACGUAAAACUAAGGAAGGAACUGGAAGAAACGACAGCCAAGUUGACGACGCUCCAGGAGCAACAACAAGCGGAAGUGAAGAAGGAAAACGAACAAUCGUUAGCAGCUGCCGGAGUAAAGGAAGAACCUGGAUCAUGUGACGGUCAAGGUUUGGUGAAGGAGGAGGAUCCAAAUGAUCCUACUUCAGGAAUAAUCAAAAGCGAAUCCGGUGAAGAAGGGGACGGUUGCGAUCCAAAUGGUGUGAAAAAGGAAGAGAUCGGUCCAGAUGGAAAACCGAUCAAAUCGGAAGCUCCCGGUACGCCGAAGGGAGAUAGCAAAGAACGCGCCAAAAGUGCUGAGUCGGACUUGGUUCGCGAUUUGAGAAACCAAUUGAAGAAAGCUCUGAACGAUCAAAAGGAAAUGAAACUGCUACUAGAUAUGUAUAAGGGGGUCUCGAAGGAGCAGCGAGACAAAGUACAGUUAAUGGCAUCUGAGAAAAAGAAGUGCGCCGAAAUAGAAGAUUUGAAGAAUCAAUUAAAGAAGGUUCAGGAAAGCAAACGAGAAGAUCGAAAGAAGUUGGCCGAUGAAGAAGCACUAAGAAAGAUAAAGCAACUUGAGGAGCAGAAGUACGAGCUUCAGAAACAGGUUCAAAACCAGAAGCAACCAGACAGUGCAUGGAGUAGCGGUUACCGACCGUUCGUUGGAUCGCAUGUAGAAGAGGAAGCGUUACUAAACGAGAUGGAAGUUACUGGGCAAGCGUUCGAGGAUAUGCAGGAGCAGAACUCGAGGUUAAUACAGCAGCUGCGCGAAAAGGACGAUGCCAACUUUAAGCUGAUGUCUGAUCGAAUUAAGGCCAACCAGAUGCAUAAAUUGCUCCGUGAGGAAAAGCAAGUGCUGGAGGAUCAGGUGACGACCCGCGACAGCCAGAUCGAAGCGAUGCAUGUUGUGCUGCGCAAGCUCGAGGAAAAAGAACGAAUCCUGCAGAACACGGUAACCACUAUUGAGAAGGAACUGGUCGCUCGCCAGCAAGCGAUGGAAAUGCACAAACGAAAGGCGAUCGAAUCCGCCCAAUCGGCUGCCGAUUUGAAGCUGCAUCUCGAAAAGUAUCACGCCCAAAUGAAGGAAGCCCAGCAGGUGGUGGCCGAAAAGACGAGCUCUCUGGAAGCGGAAGCCUACAAAACCAAACGGCUGCAGGAGGAGCUGGCCCAGUUCAAGCGAAAGGCGGAACGCAUGAAGAAGAUCGAAAUGUCCGGCACGACUAUCGACGAGGUUAUGCUGGAAGAGAUCCGCGAGUACAAGGAAACGCUCACCUGCCCGUCUUGCAAGGUCAAGCGGAAGGAUGCCGUGCUGUCCAAGUGUUUCCACGUGUUCUGCUACGAUUGUUUGCGAACCCGCUACGAAACCCGGCAGCGCAAGUGCCCCAAGUGCAACUGCGCGUUUGGCGCCAACGAUUACCAUCGGUUGUAUUUGUCCACGUAAAAGGUUAGUCCUCUUGCUUAAUUUCCAAUGCCAAUCCCCUUUAUUUAUAGACAGCUGUUUUUAAGAUUUUUUGUUUCUGUUUGAAAUAUGUAUAAUGUUUUACACCCAAGUAGUAGGGUGGUAGAGUUUCUCAUGUCUUGAACGAAGAAGAUAUAUGAAAUUGUGAAUUUUUCUCAAUCCUCAAUAAAAUUGUGCAAGAUUGUGUUCCGUCAUCACAGGAACAAUGAUGUUACAAUACAUUUAUCUUAUCUCACUUUUUACGAGAUACCAUCCAAUUAUGUGCAGUGUUUUCAGUUUAAAUUCUAGAAAACCUUCUCCAUUUUGUUCCUGUAGCUGUGACCGGUAUUAAGCUUUUAUGUCCGUUCUCUAAGUGAUAGUUCAUGUAAUUCAAUUUAGUGUAAUCUAGGGAUUCUAAUGAAAUUGAUUUUUUCCUAAUUGCAACAUAAUUUUGGAUAAUGAAAAAAUGAUAAUCUUACAAAGGAAAUUUACUCAACAGAGAAGAACUAUUGAAAGUCGUUUUAUUAUUAUGUAUUUAAAGGUCUACACUACUGACUUUCAUUCAAAACUCCAAUAGAUAAAUAAAUCCAUUAAAACAAGUAAA